AUGGCACCGCUCAUGAUGGCGAAGAAGAGUCCGAAGAAGGGAGCUCCAGUCGCAAAGGGUUUCGGUGCGAAGCCAACGUUGGCGGGGAAAGCGAGCAGGAUAGAUUCUGCGGAUAGCGAGAGAUUCUUUCAGUGGCUCAAGGCGGGAGGUGCUUCGGUUUCCAAGGUUGCGAUAGCCGACUUCGAUGGCCUGAGAGGAGUAGCGGCCGAGAAAAACAUUGAGGAAGGAGAAGUGAUAGUAUCCAUCCCUAGAGAUAUCUGUUUGAAUCUUGGAUCUGAUGGCGUUAACCCUGGAUAUGCUGCUGCUCAGCUAGUUAGGAUCGAGAAGGACGAAGAGCGGAGGAGAAACGGGUGGUUUCAACCUUUCUUUGAUAUGCUGCCCAAGUAUGAGCAAUGCGACACAACAGAGUUCUACAGUGAAAAUGAGCUGAAUGCGCUGGAAUGGGAUGCAGUGAUACAGGAAACCAAGUCGAGGGUUGCAAUGUUGCGAAGCACGUAUGAAGCCAGCCAGGUUGGGCUUUCGAACGACAUUAAGUUCACGUGGGAAGAGUUUCUUUGGGGUGUGUACCAGAUUGUCAGUCGAGUCCUCACAAUCUACACGAAUGAAGAUGGUGCUGUCAAGUACCUGAUUCCAAUGAUUGACAUGUUCAACCACGAUGCAGCCUCUCCUCACCAGUUGAAGGCAACGCGUGAUGGAUUGUUUCAGAUUAUUGCUGGGAAGAAAAUUUUUGCGGGACAGCAAAUUAAUUUCCCCUACGGUGGUGGGAAUCUCAACAAUGACAGGAUCAUACAAGACUACGGGUUUGUCGAAUCCAGCAAUAGCCAUGAUGUGAAACAGCUCUUGUUGCCUGCAACGUCCGAGCCAGUCCAAGGGAUUCCAUAUGUGUGCAUGGGCCUCGAUGCUCAAGGCCUCGAGGCAACAUUGAAGAGAUUCAGCACGACUUUGGAUGAUGAUGAAAUCCUUCUGCAAAAGGUUGGUGACAUGAUCUGA